CCUUACCCUUAUUCGUGUGCGCGAAUUUUACUCGAGAAGGAAGAUGUGGCGGGAACAUUUGCCGCUCGCUAUUUGCCCAAAUGAAAUAAUCAAUUUAGGGAUUUUAGGAGGUUUUAAUUAGAUCUCUUCCCAAAUCUCACUCGCGAUCUAUUUCCUCCGAUUCAACGAAGGCAAUGGAUACAUCGAACCCGGCGGUUUUUGUGAACGCGGAGCUGUUGCGGUUGUACGUCGGCCGGAGGGUUCGUGCAGUGGUCCAGGUCCUGAGAUCCGACGGCGGUGGCUCCGUGAUGGGGAAAUCAACGGACGAGCAGCAGUUGGUUAUUAAGGGCCAUCCCCCCGCCCCGCUUUCGACUUUCGUGGAGAUUAUUGGCAUUGCUGACACUAACCAAUCCAUUCAGGCUGAGAUCUGGACAAACUUUGGGGAUACUUUUGAUACUACAUCAUACAACGAACUCUGCAAAUAUGCCAAUGGGGAUUUCAAGCACUUGUUUAUCUAACCACCCAAGUCGCUGUUUUUUUUUUUUUAUGUGAAGUGGAGGCAAGGCACCCUCAGAAUUCUUGGUGAAUUUCUGUUGGUAUAGUUCUUAAAUUAGUGCUUUGAACAGCUGAGUUGUAGCGAUGAUUGUCAGACAUAGUCUGGCACCUUAGUUUGCUACAAAUAAUCAUUUUGCUUCGGAAGAACUUGAUCGCUUUUGUGUAGUUCUUGCGCUAUUAACUUCUGUUUUGUUUAUAUGUGUGGUUGAUGUAAUUUCGACUUGGAAACUUUAUACUAGUGCAGUUUGUUUAUGCAUUAACUCUGGCACUCUGUAAGCUUGUCAGUCAGGAAUUUUAUUUAUAA